AUGGAAGUAGAGCGGAGAGAUGGGAACAUAAAAAAGGAAAGUUGGUUAUCAGUUAUUCAGGAACUGAGCUUCCAAAAAUUUAUUGGACAAUCUAACUUACUAGAAGAACUUAACUAUGACUUCAAUGAAAAAGCUGAACUGAGACACACUGAGACACAAAGGCCUUUUGUCUUUAACUAUUAUAAAAAUGUUUUUGAGAGGAAUAGCAAACGCUACCAAGCCCUCAGCUAUUUGCUUGAACAAUAUAUUUAUGAGCUUUUGGAGAAAGUAUGCAAAUUACAAAAAGUAUAUAUCCCAACCGAGGCUGAUAAGGAACCAAGAAGCUUCUUUUUCAUGAGUGAGAGAGCAUUAACAAGUCAUCAUUCUGUUCUUCUUGUUCUUCUUCAAGACCAUGGAGUCUUUAGAGCUGGUCAAUGGAGUCAGCAGGCAAUAAUACAUCAUGGUCUCCAACAUGGAAGUCAGAUACCAUGUAUUCAAAUGGCAUUGCAGGCACAUUAUGAAGUAAUCGUGCUAAACCCCAAUGACAAUUUCAUCGACCUAAACAUUGAAAAAGAGUGGAAAGGCCUUAAAACACAAAAUAAGGGGUCCUCUUCCCUAAAAAUGGUUUCAGCAGAGAAUUUUUUAGGGAUGCAACCUCUCCAGUGCAUCCCUAAAAGAUGCAGCAACACUCCUGAAGAACACAUGGCUUACAUUUGGGAUUACUUCAUUUCAAAGACUGAAGGCAAAGAUGUUGCCUUCAUUGUGCAUGGUUAUGGAGGCUUGGUUUUUAUGGACUUACUUGUUCAUAGAAAGUGGGAAGUGAUGAACAAAGUAUACGCUGUUGCACUUAUUGACUCUGAACAUCAUGUGGGACACCAGCUGGGAAGUGAUGUUCAGUUAUUAGCCUGGAUAAAGCACCACUGCCGUGAAUGGGUGACAAGCCCUAAGCCUUUGGAUAAGCCUGCAGCUACUGUUUUAAAACAGGAAUUCCCUAUGGUUUCUGCUGCUAAUAUUCGAGUGUCUACUACCUACUCAUCAAUAGUAGGUAUUGAGGACACCCACAAACAAGGCCAACAUUGCCUUUAUCCUUCUGGAGUUCACAAUGAACAACAAAUUGUAAGUGUGAAGAGUGUUCAGAAAUACAAGAAGGCUUGCCCCUGGUGGCGGGACGUCAUAGGGAAGCGCCGAGAAGAGAGGGCGGGAUUUCCGGCUGCGGAUCACCCAAAAGGGACGGAAACCAAGAGAACCAACAGGCUUAGCUGCGUGUGA